AAUUCUCUGUGACGUAACAUCAAAAAGCAGAUGUCACACCAAGCGACAAAAUGUCUUUGUAACAGAUUAAUCGAAAAUACAAGAAAAAAGCAACAACAACCAGUGCGAAAAGAAGAGGAAGUUAAUGCUAAUUUAGGUUGCCAAAAUCGUCAAAAUGGCCAGUUUUUGUUCGUGUUGCUGCGGUCAGCGCAGACGUCGAAAUGUUGCUUGCCGCUCACCCAGAUUUAAACGUGAGCAAAAUAAGAGGGAUGCGGACGUUCGUCCCUCGACCUCCGUGCCUGUCUACUACGUCAAAGGAUCCCUCGUACCUGUUGAAUGCCUCAGACCAGGCAUAGAUCGGGACAGCCGCUUAUUCCGAGAAAAGGGACGUAAGUCAGGCGCGAGAACGCAAAGGCCGACAACUGUCAAUGCAGACGUCUACAUGGGCAACCCAUGCUUGCUGUUCUUGCUCAACUGGCAGACAAUCCCUCCCCUUUCCCGCCUCAGCCUACUCCGCCGCACGGUGCAGUCUGGGCGAGUCUUCUCCGCCUUGCCCACCAUCAGUGAAGGUUACGUUGGCGGAGAAUGUUUCAGGCGGUGACGCCCAGCAAAGAAGAGCUUGCAGAGAAAACGCAGGAUCGUCUUCUGGAGUCCAGGCACGGGUGGGAAUACACUUGCGCGCACAUCAACGGCAGUCGUUUGACAGAGGCAGACGGCAAAAGUUGGAAGAUAGCACCAUCGUGGAGGAGGGAGAAUAGUUUCAGCUCACCAUUUGCCACACUUGUGUUGCCGAUACGGCGAUACUCUAGUUAAAGGAGGAGUGUCUGUGCACGCAGCUGAGUCUUUUUGUGCACCACAGAAGACUAUAGCGUGCUCUGAAUCAGCCGCGGACAGAGCGCCGAAAAUUGCUUAAAAAACAAAUACGUAAAUAAAUAAAUAUGAUGGGUGUUACAAUGUUACUAUGUUUU